AUGUUGCCCUCUGGAAGGAAACAUACUGGGAAAUCUGGGAAGACAUCGAUGGAGGAUCAGAUUGUAAGAGCUUUUGACUUUGAGAAAGAAGAUAGAAAAGAUCUGAGUGGUUCAGAGGAGAAUGUUUCUCACGCAAAGACUCUAGCAGUUGAUAAACUUGGGAAGAAAAGGACUUCUGCAGGAAUACUUGAAGAUAUGGGAGAUGAAGUACAGAAUAUGCUGGAAAAAAUAGGAGCUGACAUUAGCAAUUCUCUUCUUGCAAAGAAAAAAAGACUAGCAAUGUAUACCAAGGCUUCCCUCAAAACCAGUAACCAGAAAAUUGAACAUAUUUGGAAAAUCCAACAAGAUCUAAGACAGAAGCUUAAUCAAGAAUUUUCUCAGCAGUUUCUGGCUUUGUUUCAGCAGUGGGAGAUAGAUGUGCAGAAAGCUGAGGAACAAGAAGAAAAACUAACUAAUUUGUUUCGACAGCAACAAAAGGUUUUUCAACAAUCUAGAGUUGUUCAGAGCCAAAGACUGAACGCAAUUAAACAGUUAUACGAGCAGUUCAUAAAGAGUAUGGACGACUUGGAGAAGAAUCAGGAUACUCUCCUUACUGGUGCACAAAAUGAACUUAAAAAAGAAAUGGCUUUGUUGCAAAAACAAAUUAUGAUGGACACUCAGCAGCAGGAGAUGGCAAAUGUUCGAAAGUCUCUUCAAUCCAUGUUAUUCUGA